AUGAAUUCUCUUGAAUCUGAAUAUUCGUUUUUGUUACCCACUUGGAAAUUGCCAAGUGUCGUCACACCGUCCAUCUAUUCAAAACCACAUAUUCCCAUUUUGUCGUCCGUAGUAGAACCAGAUUGGUCAACGUGGAAUAAUUCAUUUUAUAAUUCAAAUUAUGUACCAUCAAAUACUCAGAUGUCAAAUACAAUGGCGAGAACACGGUAUCAACCGUCGUCAAUGUAUCGUUCGCAAAAUUAUAAUACUCGUCAAGGUCCAUCAAAUAGACGAAAAGACUUAGCCAAAGAGGAAGAUGGCUUAAAUUUAACAAUUAGUUUACAGCCGAAUAACGAAAAUGAAAUGUCAUCUAUUACUCCCACUGUUAAAAUGGGUGCUUUACCUCCGCCUCAUCCAGGAUACCAUCGACAAAAUGGACAUCAACGAUAUAACAACAAUAAUAAUAAUAAUAAUAAUAAUAAUCGAUCUCUCGCACUCGAUGCGAAUAACAUAAACCUGUUUAAUCAAAGUCAAAAUAUUACUACAAUGCCCAGAGCAAAACAUGUACAAAUCGCCGACAACGGAUCAAGCAGAGAUAGUGAGAAUUCAUAUAGUGUAUAUUCUUAUGCAAGACAGGAAAAUGGAUCCGAGAUUGAUACACCACAUACAUCUCGAAAACAUGGUAAUAAUAAACAUUCAUAUCCAAAACAACAGCAACAGCAACAACAACAACAACAACAACAAUAUGAAGAAAUUGAUGAUAGAAACAAUCCGGAUAAACAAAAUUUCAAUGUACAUGAAUAUUUAUAUGGAUUAAGUGCACCAGAUCCAGGAAGUUAUGUGAAUGCAUUUAAAAACCAACAACGGAGGCGAGAAGCCGAAAAGUCGGGUCGAAAAUCAGUGAUUACAGAAUACAAAAAUUUUGAAAGAAAUCAUGGUUUUGGACCAGCAUUUGGUAGCAACGAUAUACAGACGCAUGAAGAGAAGGUAAAUAAAGAGAAAAAGAGAAAAUAUUAUUCAAAAGAUGUCAGAGAACAAAAUUAUGUUAAACUUGUUGAGCAAAGAAAUACAAAUUCAACUCAUCAAAAUCGAAAACUGAAUAUACCUGUACCAAAAUCACAACGUGCACGUCAAUACGCUGAUAAAAUCGAAAGACCACGUAAAUUAAAACCACUGCGUUUAACAUAUGGUAAUAAUGUCUAUGGUAAGACUUUAAUUGAUAAUCGAAAUCGUUAUGAAUAUAAUUAUUGUGACAGGUGUCAUCUGAGUCACUCGUCGUUUAAUCCUCUUCAUCGAUGGUACAAAUGUGAAAUAUGCUUAGCCAAAUUAAACUAUCUAGAUAAUUCAUUAUCAUUUCAACGGCAAAUGAAUUGGUAUUCAAAACCAAUACAUACACGUUUACAACACAUCGAUUUGGAUAGUAAUGAAUUUUGUAGAAGUCGAUCGAGUUCACUCAUCGAAAUACCACCAUUAUAUCUUUCACAACAGAAUACUAGUCGAAAAUCCGAGUCUUCUCUAGCUCAUAGCACAUUUGACACAGAAAUCCAAAUAUCUCCUAUUCCUGACUCUGUUAGUCCUGUAGAGUCAAAGAAUAAUAUCAACGACAUUGUGAUACCAUCGGUCAGAUUAAAUAUGAGAGAAAAAGAUAUUCUCGAACGUAUUCGAUUAAUUAAAACACGAGAGAAGACAAAAAUUUUAGAAAAACACGAUCAUGAAAUAAUGAAUAGUAACAAAUCAGCUUUGAUUACUGGUAAUUUAACCAGUAUCAUCUAUCAACUGCAAAGUAAAACGGUCAUGAGAAAUACAACACAAUUUACACCAAAUUCAACGCAGAAGAAAAGCAAUUUGUCAACUUUACCACGAUCAUCUACAGCGAGUAAUCAACAAAAACGAACAAAGAUAACAGUGGCUGUUAAAAAAACAGCUCACCAAUCUUCAUUCGUUUGCACCAUGCCUGAAUCAAUUCAUAUUGAUAAAAGUGGUACGAAAUCACAAAAAUAUGAUCAGUUACUGUCAGAAAUAACGAGUCUUGUACAACAUGAAACAGAUUUAAUUGCAAAUUUGGCAAAUAUUACAGCUGUUCUAAAAGAAGUAUUUAAUUUUUGGUGGGUGGGAUUUUAUUUGGUCAAAGAUAAUUCCUUAGUAUUAGGACCAUUUCAAGGUCCUUUAGCAUGUACAAGAAUUCAAUUAAAUAAAGGUGUUUGUGGUACAUCCUGGUCAAAAAAUGAAACAAUUAUUGUUGAAAAUGUUGAUAAAUUUCCUGGUCAUAUAGCGUGUAGUUCAGCAUCCAAAUCAGAAAUUGUGAUACCCAUUAGAAACGUACAAAAUAGAAAUGUCUUGGGUGUACUUGACAUAGAUAGUGAACAUUUAGCCUAUUUUGAUGACAUUGACAAGGUUGCUUUGGAAAAACUAGUACAACAAUGUGUUGAACCAUGUUUUACGAAAUGA